AAAGAAGAUCAUGUCCCCACAACUACUCUUCUUACUUCCAAAGGCAUAUCCAAUUGUCUAGUGAUGUGUUGUGUGAGCAGAAACUCAGUGGAACCUGUGAUGACUCAACCAACUCCUGGCAGUGCUGCUUUGUCCAGCGUAUCGGCUGUGGUGCAUACUGGAGGCCACUGGUCCACUGGCUUAUUCGACGUCUGCAGUGAUAAAAGAAUUUGUGUGUGUGGUUUGCUGUGCAGCCUGUGCCUGGAAUGUAGCAUUGCAAGUCGCUACGGCGAGUGCUUUUGCUUUCCGCUCCUGUUGGGAUCCACCUUAGCGUUAAGAGUUGGUACAAGAGAAAGAUACAAAAUACAUGGAACCAUAUGUGAAGAUUGGAUGGCAAUUCAUUGCUGCUGGCCUUUUGCAGUCUGUCAAGUGGCCCGAGAAAUGAGGAGGAGACCUGUAUUCCAGGUCUAUGAAAUAAACACGUCAUCUCCUCCUCCUUCCAGGUCUAUGAAAAUAAACACAUCAUCUCCUCCUCCUUCAGUCAAAGAUGCUCUAGUUUAAAAACUUUCAGAUGUGAAACUUUGUGGGUCAUGGUUCUUUUGCCCUUUCCCCUGCAAUGGCAAAAAUGGUUAUU